AUGGCAAAAGUCGCAGCCGACUUCGCCUUUGUUUCGGCCCUCGACACCACACUCCCUCUGCGCAGAAUUGGCAUGGGUCACUGCGGCUCCGUCUGGGCCAGGCCUGAUGCCACGCUCCGCAGUGACGACGUUGUCCUCAAGCGCGAGGACGGCAGCCCGGGACGCUCCUUGCCCAACGAGCACGUCGUCCACCUGCAUCUCGUAAAGGCCCUGCGUGGCCUGCAGCCCGACCUUGCUCCGGUCAACGUGCCCCUGUGCUACGGCUUCCUGCGCGCCAGCCAUGUCGAUGUGUGGGCGUCGAUUCUACCUAGUCUCCAUCCCGGAUAUACACCCUGCAACGCCCUCUUCUCAGAGCGCAUCCCGCCCAUGGCCAAGAUCGUCCGCCAGCUUCUUAUCGACAAGUACUGCCCCGUGGGCCUCCAGGGCGCCAUCGCCGCCGAUGCCAACAACGAUGACUGCCUCGUCCGCCCGUACUUGGGGCGUCGCCGCCACCAGUCGUCGCGGCCGUCCCGCUUCGGCGCCUUUAGUCUACGCAACUUUCCCCUGCACGCCGAUCAGAUGGAGGAGCUGGGCCUCGACCUGUGCGAGUAUGCGCGUCCCAUGGCGGCCACCCUGGCCGCGAUGCACUGGUGCGCCCGCCUCGACGCCAAGGACGUAGAGUUUGUACUCGCUUCGUGUCGACGACCUGCGGCGGACGGGGCGACGCCGACAAGCGACCCUACACAUAUGGGCAGCAGCAUGCCUUUUGUCGCAGGGCAGCUGGGACAGCAUUCCAUGUGGAUAUUGGAUUUUGACUGCUGCCGUCCCAUCACCUUGGACCAGGACGGCGUUGACCAGGCCGUCGUUGCCUUUUUCCGAAACGACCCCUUUUAUCCUCUUCCAGGCCGGCCAAGCAAUAGCGGCGACGAGAGCGUGUGGCAAGUAUUUCGCGACCACUACCUAGCCACCAGCGAGAGGCUACUUGCGAACAAGAAGCAGGACAUCCAACAGCUUCCGGCUCGGUUCAUCGAGCAGCUGGCUCAGCGGGAACAUGAUUUCCGAACCAGCCCGAUGACGUGA